AUGCUGGGGCCGGCGGCGCGGAUGGCGCUGGGCGCAGGGGAGCUGCCGGGGCGGCUGCUGGCGCUGCUCUGGCCGGCGCUGGUGCUGGCGGCCGCCGCGGCCGCGCUGCUCGUCCUGCGGGGGCUGCGGGACCGAGGGGCCGAGGAGGAGGAGGGGGAUGGCCCCGCGGGGGCCGGCGGCCGGGCGGCCGCGGCGCUGCCGGCGCGGCAGCCGGAGGAACAAAGGCGCACGGCGCAGGUUCCAGUGAAUGGCCAUCUUAUCACAUCAGUCAACAUCAGAGAGAAAAAGCUCCUCAAGCCUAAGAAGAAGAGGAAAACCCAGGGCUCAGACAAGGAAGUGCCAAAAGAUCUGCUUUCUGUGGAAAAAGACAAACUGCAAGAAGAAGAAGGAGUUUGGCAGACCAAGAUCAGCAGCCGUGAAAAGAGACACUUAAGGAAGGAAAGGCUGAAACAAAAAGACCCCGGCAGAGCAUCUCUGGGUAGCUCAGCGGUUGAGCCAGCCUUUGACUGGGACGAGAAGGGAGCAGUGUGGCCACUCACAGAGGACACUGGUGGUGGUGGAAAAGGUGCUUUCUUUGCCAAGGCAGAGUGUGGGACUGUGCUGAAGGGCUCAGGAGCCCUACGGGAAGAAUCAGCACCCUCAAGGUCAGAAGACGAUGUUUUCUCCAAUGUAGGAACAUGGGAUAUUGCAGAUGUGAAAUCCUGUCCUGUGACCUUUGGGACAUUGUCAGAUCUCUCCAGGGAUUUAGGUGACCCUUCUGUGAUUGACCUGGACUCUGACUGGAAAGCUCCCACGGAGGAGUGGGGAAACUGGACUGGAGACGAGGAGCCUCAGAUGAGGGAUGAGAAGAAGGAUUUGCCAAAAGGCAAAGCAGGCAUUCGUUUCUGUCUUUCUGGACCUGAAAGCAAAACACAACGGAAGAAGAAGAAAAUGGAGGUGAAGGAAGCAAAGGGUGGAGCUGGACUGAGGCAUCCCCAGCAAGGUUUGCAAACAAGAAUGGAAGAAGGCCCCAGGAACUUGAUAUCUACAAAAGAUAGCAGUGAUGCAGUCAGUGCUUCCUUCGAAAAAUCCUUGGACAUUGUUAAUAAUUCACCCAAUAACAGUGUACCUGGAAAAAAGGAGAGGAGGAAGAGGAAGAAAAUGAAGAAAGAGACUUGAGGGAGCUGUGUAGCUGCCAGAGUGCCAGUCUGAUGGGGCAGACAUGCCAAUGAGCUGCAAAGAUUCUGCUUUCUGCGAUGCCGCUGAGCCCCAGGCAAAGAGAGGCUCCGGGAGAGCUCCCAGCGAGAGGAAGAGAAGAGGAGCAGUGAGCCAGAGAGCGUGAGUGUGUGAGAGAGCGGAGAGAGGGAGCAGGCUGUGCACAGGAGGUGGUUUUGAAACAGAGUGGCUGUUCAUUGCAAGCUGCUGCCCUCGAUCAAAAGAUGUUGAAUGGGGUUUGACUGGUUGCAUUAAGUCCUUUCAGUUUUUUGCUGUCACGUUGUUUGUCAACUUGUAGUGUUCUAUGCCAUUGUAGAUAAUAGUCGGGCUGUACCUGACUGUGAUUUUACUUUGGUCCCGUGGAGGAUCCACCAGCUAGUCUGGUCUCCUCUGGCAUUUUUGCAGAGGUGCUCAUCGACAGGCUAGUAAUGUACAGAAGGAAGCACUCUUCAGAAAAAAAGGGAGAAUAACAUGGAUAAUUCUCCAACCUCCUAACUCUUUUAAAUCCUUGGUGGCUGCUAUUGUCAGACUUUUGCCUCUUACCUUGCCAUAUUUAUACUUUUUAUCCCACAUCAGACUAGUUUGCUCCUCAGGGAACAUCUAAACUAGUUUGCUCCUCAAGGAACAUUCUAAAGGAGGUUUUUAUCUUGUUUGGAAAUAUGGUCUAAACCCAUUUUUCCCCCUGGAUUUCAUGGUGGGCUAAAGUUUAAAGUCUGUAUGUCCAAAGCAUGUUGCAUUUGUCCUUAUAGUAGAUUGAGGUAACUUUUAAAAAUCAUUUUUCUUAAUCUAAUGUUUCGAAGUUUUUUUAACAUUUUGUCACUUGAAUAUUCUAAUAUAAACUAAAUUUGUGAAUGAAGUUUUUAAGUCAGUUUAGUAUUUAUUGAAGGGUGUGUAUUUCUUCUUGUCAGAGAGCUCAUAGUAUGGAGGAGAAUGUGUUACAAUAGAAUACUGUGGUUUAUAAAUAAUGCUGAACUGACACCACUAAAAGCAGAAGCCCUUUAUCCCCAGAGGAGCUGCAGCUUUGGUGGUAGCUGGGGGGUCUUCCAUAGCUAGUAGAUGGUCCUGAGACUGUGCCUGACCCAUCCCAGACGUGCUGCCUUGAAGGAUGAGAUAGUUUUUCUCAAAUCUCCAUUUGCAUUUGACUCUGUGCCUUUGGAGAUGGUGGGGCACAGUUACUAAUGCAUGUUAAAUGUGUGCACAUUUGUAGGCUUUGGGCUGAUGCUGUGAAACUCUUCACUAGGACAAUGAAUAACCAGGGAUGUCCAUGGCUUUACACUGCCACAGCUGCACUCCUGUUUGCAUCAUGGAGCCAGAGGAGAGCUCUGUGCUUCUGCCACUGCAUCCCUGAUCCCCGAUCCCAGCUUGUCUAAGCUUUACUUGCAGCUCAACACUUUUCCCUGAUGGCCUUCAUCUGUUGCAUAGCUAUCAGAUCAGCUGUACCCUUCAGAGAAGCAAUUAACUGCAGCAAUGUAUUUGUGUUUAGAGUGUAGCUACUAUAUGUUGAAGGGCAGUUCUCUUGUGCUGUGAUUUUUGGGGUAGUUAGCUGUACUGUGUGCCCUGAAAUUUAGCACAGUAGGGUUGUUUCAGACAGGCAGGGGAGGGGUAAUCUUAACUGAUGCCACUUAGCAGCCCACUGUCUGGGAUCUGCACAUCUUGGUGUUUGUGUCUCAGUGUAGGUGAAAUAUUGGCAGUUCAUGAAUGGACUGAACAGACCAAAGAGCUUUUAUCGGGAAAGUAACUGGUUUGGAAUAGAUGCAUAACAAGAAAAUACAUGGCCUUGCUGGAGGAACAGGUACAGCAAGUUCAAGGAUUUAGAAGAUGUGGUAAUGAGUAUGUGGAUAAUGAACAAAGUUCUGCUAUCUCUGAAGCCAAUGGAAAACAUUCAUUGACCUCAUUGGGGCCAAGAUGUUGCCCAUGGCCUUUGCUUGGCAUUGAAGAUAACUUCUGUCAUCCAAAAAAGAAAGAAAAAAAAGAGAUAGAGAGAAGCUCACAAGAUUGGUGGACUACAGAUUUCUUCUGCUUUUUUCUCUAUAUCUGCUUGUAAACGCUUUGAUGUCUUUGUAAUUAUGCUUUAUUUCAACAUUUUUCAGUAUUUCAAAUGUCAGUGUUUUUAUAAUAAAAAAAUCAAAACUUUUGUCUGAA